AUGGACCCCCUCUACUACCUCAAAAUCCUCCUUCUCCUAUCACAUGUCCACGCAUUGACCCACACAAACUGGUCCCAGCUGUCGUAUGCCUGGACCGAUGCACUACUACCCCAAAGAGAUCUAGCCAGUAGUGUUCCUGUCAACCAGCUCACGCGGGUCGGGGUUUCGUUGAAUCGGGUGGUGUUCGAUAGGCUUGGCUAUUCGCGGCCCGCGCUCGCGCUCCUCCUGUCGUUUUUGUCCCAGUCCAUCGGCGUCUACAGCUUGGAUGUCUACUGGAACGAAUACACUAAUAAAUGGCAACUCUGCCCUGCGCCGAUCCCGCUCAAUGUGACCUGGGAUAGUCUGAACGUGGCCAAUCUCACGUGGGGCGGCCUGUCCUACUUGUGCCAGGUGGACAUGCUGCCGGCGGAGGUGUUCACCACCAUCUCAUCGUACAUCAGUCAGACCAAUACGGAGCGCGAGGCCAAUGUGUUGCAGGUGGCGUUGAUGCCGAAAACGAUUGCGAAAAUCAAUGGUUCCAAUAGCUCCGUGCCGCAGGGCGCGGACUUUAACACCAGCAUGAAUGCGGCGGGAAACUCAUCGCUUGGAGACUUUGCAUCGUCGUGCCUUCUGUAUAUGUACAUGCCUGCGAUGCUCAACAUAACGACGAACGCCAACACGAAUAAUUACACGGCGUUGUAUGGGUCGCGGUAUCCGUCGCAGCUCACGUUUUUGAGUAAGUUGUCGCAGCGGCUCAUGGUGUUUGUGCUCAAUACGCCGCAGAUGCCGACCGGAAACGGGUUCAAGUUUGACGAGUUCGAGUCGGAUAUCUUCUUCAUCGAGGAGUCCAACCCGCAGUUCACGCCGCAGGUCGCGCUGCUGGCCAACCUCACGCUCGCCCGCACGCUUGAACGAGCCUACCGCGAGCCCUACGACAGCAGUUUUUUCUGGGAUAUGGCCCACACCACCGAGUUUCGGAUGGUGUUCGACUCCGACGCGGUACCGUUCACCAACAAGUCGCUUCUGUUCUACGCCAAGAGCGGGUUCACGCCGGUCGUGAACUCGUCGGCGUUCUACUUCGGCGAUCUGCCAGGAGUUGCUCCGAACGCAGCUGCAGCAAACUCCAUCAAUUACAUCGUGCCCAACUCGUUCUGGUCCUGGGCGCCGGGCCAGCCCGUGAUCAAUUAUACCAAUACCACGGACGUGACGCGGAAGGAGAACAGUGACAACGACAAUCCUCAGUGGGCAAUCUUCUCGGACGCGCAAUUGUCCUAUCUGUGCGUGUCUGUCGAAACAGCGGGCUGGAGCGUCGACAAUUGCUACAACCGGUACCGGUACGCAUGUAAAAACGACACCGAUCCCUUUUCGUGGGUGAUUUCGGACCGCCUCAAAACCUACUUUGCGUCUGUCAGCGAGGAUGGGUGUCCCGACGGGACGUCGUUCAAUCCUCCGCGCCUGGCGCUCGAACAAUAUUCACUUCUAGCGCUUCUUCAAAGCAACAACGUUCUGUAUCCGGUCUGGAUCGACUUGAACGACGUCUACUUGAGUGGAUGCUUUGUGAGCGGUGGUCCCUACGCCGAAUGUCCGUACCAAAAGGUUUUAACCACCACUAGUCUUAUCAAAAGAAUUGCGCCCAGCUUGGUCGUCUCGCUUUUUUUGAUUGUUUUAAUUCUCUCGGAACAUGUCUUCACAAGAACGCCCAUUCAAACCAACCGGACCCGCCAUUGGAAGAAGACCCUAGCGCAGUACUACAAGGAGAACGAUUUCGAGGGCGUGCCCUCAUAG